AUGCGAAUCUUUGGACUGCUUGCCGCUGUCAACCUGCCCCUGACCGGGGUUGUCACCGCCUCGGCGCCGUACAGGGCCGAGUUGAUCCUCGCGCCGAUUUUCCUGCAGGUCCCGCCGUGUGCUUUUAUAUGGGUGGAUUCACUUAUUCGGAGGUCGGCCAUCAACGCUACAGCGACUCUUUGCGAUCGCCCUCCUGCAAACCACUACGUGCAACUCCCCGUCGGCAUCGGGAUCAUGGCUGCCAUCCCGACGCUGUUGAUCAUCCUUCGCCUGGCCCUCAAGCUGGCCAAGGUGUCGAGUUGGUAUCAUGACGACACCACCAUCAUACUGGCUUGGGUCAUAUUCAUCUUUGAACCGUUUUACUUUGUCAUGAUCUGCCUGGUCAAGUCGUCCAUCCUCUUCACGUACAUGCGCAUCUUUCGCGAGCCCGACGCGCAGCGCGUGUUUCGGUUCACGCACUACUUCAACAUGUUCCAGACGGGCGUCUUCAUCGUCCUGUGCUUCGUGCAGUGCCGGCCGCUGGACCACUUCUGGCUCGGCUGGACCGGCGACGACCACCCGGGCUCCUGCUGGCACAUGAACGACAUACCCGUCAUCCACGCCAUCGUCGGGGUGCUGCUGGACGUGUGGAUGUUUGGUCUGCCGGCCACUCUGGUGUGGCGGCUCAACCUGAAGAGCAGGGAGAAGAUUGGCGUCAUGUUGAUGUUUGGGUUUGGUGUCUUCCUCAUCGUAAUAAGCUGCAUCCGCAUCCCCCUCCUCCUCAACGUGUCCCCCGCGACCGCCGUGACCGACGAGUCCCUCCAGGGCGCCAUCUGGUCCAGCGUCGAGGUCUGCAUCGGCAUCUGCGUCGCCUGCAUGCCGGCGCUGCGGCAAUUCAUCAGCGUGAUCGCCGCCCCGCGCAUCCGCCGCCUGCUCGGCCUGCCCGAGAAGCCGCGCCGCGGCACCAACACCGCCCGCCUGUCCACCACCACGGCCGCCAGCAGCAGCAGCGCCGCGCGCAAGAGCGCCCUGCAGAAGCCCGGGGCGCGCCGGUCCGUCGACGCAGCGCCGCCGAGAAAGUCUCGAGACAGCAGCCGCAGCAUCGCGCUGAGGCCGCUGCCGCCGCCGGACCUGCGCCCGCCGCCGCCCGUGCUCAAGCUGGGCGCGCCGCCGGGGUCGAGGGACAGCACGUGCAGCGCGGGCGACAGGAGGUCGCGCGUGACGUUUGUGGACGUGGACCUGGGCGCCGCGAAGCUGCGGCCCAUGAGCGGGGUGUUUGUCAAGUCGGGGUCGGCGGCGGCGGCGCUGGAGGGCGAGGCGGUCAUUGAGUUUUCGGACCUGCGCGCCGUGGAGUUACGCGGUGGGGCUAGCAGGGAGAGGUUGGUGGAGGACGAUGAGACGUGGAGGAGGCCGAUCAGCGAGGUCGACCUCAUUGAGAGCUACCAGGUGCCGAGCGUGUAUGUGCCGAGAGGCGGGAGACGGCCGUCGUCGGUGAAUAGUAUGACGCCUGGGUUGGCGCUUUGA